AUGCUGCCAACCACUUCGGUUAAUUCUCGGAGCCAGGGCAACGGUGCGCUGAGCUCCAGAGAUGCUGCAAGGCACACAGCUGGAGCAAAACGCUACAAGUACCUGCGGAGGCUCUUCCACUUCCGACAGAUGGACUUUGAGUUUGCUCUCUGGCAGAUGCUUUACCUGUUUACUUCACCACAGAGAGUUUAUAGGAACUUUCACUACAGAAAACAAACAAAGGACCAAUGGGCGAGAGAUGAUCCUGCUUUCUUAGUACUUCUCAGUAUCUGGCUCUGCGUGUCUACUGUAGGAUUUGGAUUUGUGCUGGACAUGGGGUUUUUUGAAACAAUAAAGCUGCUACUUUGGGUUGUAUUCAUAGACUGCGUAGGUGUUGGCCUCCUGAUUGCAACUCUAAUGUGGUUCAUUUCUAAUAAGUACUUGGUGAAGCAGCAGAACAGAGACUAUGAUGUGGAAUGGGGAUAUGCCUUUGAUGUUCAUCUGAAUGCUUUCUAUCCACUUCUAGUCAUUUUGCAUUUUAUCCAGCUGUUUUUCAUCAACUAUGUCAUCAUAUCCGAUUCCGUCGUUGGGUAUUUUGUUGGGAAUACAUUAUGGCUGAUUGCAAUUGGCUAUUACAUCUAUGUGACAUUCCUAGGAUACAGUGCAUUGCCCUUUUUGAAGAACACAGCUGUUCUUUUGUAUCCGUUUGCACUUCUCAUCAUGCUCUAUUUGAUCUCAUUAGCGUGUGGAUGGAACUUCACCAAGAUGCUUUGCUCCUUUUAUAAAUACAGAGUGAAAUAAAACCAGGACUUCAGCUAUCUAAUGUUUAUUUUGUUUUUAUCUUAGCUGUCUUGACAGUAAAGAAAAACUUAAGAACAUUUUGUAAAUGGUUGUAAAUUUCUCUUUAUUGUAGAUAAUUGUGUAAAAAAAGUUUGAAGUGUCCUUUUUUUAUUAAAAUAUUUACAACAGUAAACA